AUGGUAGACGCUGGUCAUCGCGUAACCGCAAUUUCAUCGUUUCGAGGAAUUCAUGAAAAAUAUCAAAAACAACCUUCAGGUACAACCUUUACUACCAGUACAUUCGUAAUUGACACAUAUGAGCUAGGUAAUUCUUUACAACAUCCACUGAGCUAUUCCAAACCAAUGCAAUUGAUUAGAGACUUAUGUAAAAUCCUCAUAAACUCCAAUAAACCUAUAAAGAUAAUUGGCAUAAUUGCACAAUCUGGAGACCAAGAUAUCCUAUCACAUGAAGAAGAAAACACGUUAGAGAUUGGAUUGACCAAGAAGGCAUAUCUUCGAAUAUUCAAGGAGUCUCAUAAUGUCUUUCACAAUCACUAUGAGGGUCGACUAAACCUUGAUAGGUUAUCUCGUUCAGAACUAGACGAAUUGUAUUACAUGACAUUGGGGUUUUUAAUCACCACGAACGAACAUUCAACGAUUAUUGCUCUUCAUGAAGCUCUUGUUCAGAGGUUGAAGAGCCACGAAUAUGAUUUGGAAAUAAUAUCGUGCUUCUUAACAUGUAGGAUGAAACGUAUAAACAAGAGUUCAUCCCUAUGGCACUGGUUGAAAAAAUUGACAUUGAUACGAAUAAACAAAGGCGAAGAUGUGGAUAAUUUGCUUCAGCGUGCACUUGUUAGUUGUAAGCUACAUUUUGCAAAUUAUUAUGCAAACAACUAUCUCCAAUGGGUUAUUACAGUGUGCAGGUCGAAGAGAAUUGAUUUGAGUGACUUUCAGGAGCCAUUGAUCAACCUGUGCCGAGCACAUCUUCUGGAUAGUUCAAUCUGGAGAACACUAAAGAUUUAUUUCAGACUGGAUGAAAAGCUAGUUGAUUACAUGGCUGAAGAGUAUAAUAGACUCACUGGGUCACAUUUGUCUAAAAACGUUGUUUGGACAAACUACGACGAUGUAAUAACUAACUUAUUUGAGUGGCUUUUGCGUCUUCAAUGUAACUACACCACACCCUUUCGCAUGCUAAUAGAGUCGACUGAAUCAUUACCCACAUUAAACAAACUUGAGGAAAUGUUGAAUCAUAGUAAUACAGAAGGUAUUUCAGAGAUCAAAGCCAAACUUCAAAAUUAUAAAGAACACAUAGGUACUAUAUAG